GUAGCGCACAUGGUCUAUCGGUCCACAGCUGCAGAAGAACCUAAAGUUCUACCAAGCCCGCCACGUGAAGCCUUCAAGUAUGUCCCUGCAGCACUUGAAGAAGUCGCACGAGUUCCUUCAUUCCCUGAAGCCGAGAUGCCAGAAGUACCAAAGAUAUCAACAAGCAUGGUAGCGCACAUGGCCUAUCGGCCCAUAGCCGCAGAAGAACCUAAGGUUCUACCAAGCCCGCCACGUGAAGCCUUCAAGUUUGUCCCUGCAGCACUGGAAGAAGUCGCAGCGGUUCCAGCAUUCCCUGAAGUCGAGAUGCGAGAAGUACCAAAGAUAACGUCAAGCAUGGUAGCGCACACGGUCUAUCGGCCCAUAGCUGCAGAAGAACCUAAAGUUCUACCAAGCCCGCCACGUGAAGCCUUCAAGUAUGUCCCUGCAGCACUUGAAGAAGUCGCACGAGUUCCUUCAUUCCCUGAAGCCGAGAUGCCAGAAGUACCAAAGAUAACAUCAAGCAUGGUAGCGCACAUGGUCUAUCAGCCCAUAGCUGCAGAAGAACCUAAAGUUCUACCAAGCCCGCCACGUGAAGCCUUUAAGUAUGUUCCUGCAGCACUGGAAGAAGUCGUACGGGUUCCCGUAUUCCCUGAAGCCGAGGUCCCAGAGGUGCCAAAGACAUCAACAAGCAUGAUAGCGCACAAGGCUUAUCGGUCCAUGGCUGCAGAGGAACCUAAAGUUCUACCAAGCCCGCCACGUGAAGCCUUCAAGUAUGUCCCUGCAGCACUGGAAGAAGUCGCAGGGGUUCCAGCAUUCCCUGAAACCAAGAUGCCAGAGCUACCGAAGAUAACAUCGAGCAUGGUAGCGCACAAGGUUUAUGGGCCCAUAACUGCAGAACAACCUAAAGUUCUACCAAGCCCGCCACGUGAAGCCUUCAAGCAUGUACCUGCAGCACUGGAAGAAGUCGCACGAGUUCCUUCAUUCCCUGAAGUCAAGAUGCCAGAAGUACCAAGGGUAACGUCAAGCAUGGUAGCGCACCUGGUCUAUCGGCCCAUAGCUGCAGAAGAACCUAAAGUUCUACCAAGCCCGCCACGUGAAGCCUUCAAGUAUGUCCCUGCAGCUUUUGAAGAAGUCGCACGAGUUCCUUCAUUCCCUGAAGCCGAGAUGCCAGAAGUACCAAAGAUAACAUCAAGCAUGGUAGCGCACAUGGUCUAUUGGCCCAUAGCUGCAGAAGAACCUAAAGUUCUACCAAGCCCGCCACGUGAAGCCUUCAAGUAUGUCCCUGCAGCACUGGAAGAAGUCGCACGAGUUCCUUCAUUCCCUGAAGCCGAGAUGCCAGAAGUACCAAAGAUAACAUCAAGCAUGGUAGCGCACAUGGUCUAUCGGCCCAUAGCUGCAGAAGAACCUAAAGUUCUACCAAGCCCGCCACGUGAAGCCUUCAAGUAUGUUCCUGCAGCACUGGAAGAAGUCGCACGGGUUCCCGUAUUCCCUCAAGCCGAGGUCCCAGAGGUACCAAAGAUAUCAACAAGCAUGGUAGCGCACAAGGCCUAUCGGUCCAUGGCUGCAGAGGAACCUAAAGUUCUACCAAGCCCGCCAGGUGAAGCCUUCAAGUAUGUCCCUGCAGUACUGGAAAAAGUCGCACGGGUUCCCGCAUUCCCUGAAGUUGAGAUGCCAGAGGUGCCGAAGAUAACAACAAGCAUGGUAGCGCACAUGGUAUAUCAGCCCAUAGCUGCAGAAGAACCUAAAGUUCUACCAAGCCCGCCAAGUGAAGCCUUCAAGUAUGUCCCUGCAGCACUGGAAGAAGUCGCACGGGUUCCCGCAUUCCCUGAAGCCGAGAUGCCAGAGGUACCAAGGAUAACAUCAAGCAUGGUAGCGCACAAGGUCUAUCCGGCCAUAGCUGCAGAAGAACCUAGAGUGGUACCAAGCCCGCCACGUGAAGCCUUCAAGUAUGUCCCUGCAGCACUGGAAGAAGUCGCACGGGUUCCCGCAUUCCCUGAAGUCGAGAUGCCAGAAGUGCCGAAGAUAACAACAAGCAUGGUAGCGCACAAGGUUUAUGGGCCCAUAUCUGCAGAAGAACGUAAAGUUCUACCAAGCCCGCCAAGUGAAGCCUUCAAGUAUGUCCCUGCAGCACUGGAAGAAGUCGCACGGGUUCCCGCAUUCCCUGAAGCCGAGAUGCCAGAAGUACCAAGGGUAACGUCAAGCAUGGUAGCGCACCUGGUCUAUCGGCCCAUAGCUGCAGAAGAACCUAAAGUUCUACCAAGCCCGCCACGUGAAGCCUUCAAGUAUGUCCCUGCAGCACUGGAAGAAGUCGCACGGGUUCCCGCAUUCCCUGAAGCCGAGAUGCCAGAGGUACCAAGGAUAACAUCAAGCAUGGUAGCGCACAAGGUCUAUCCGGCCAUAGCUGCAGAAGAACCUAGAGUGGUACCAAGCCCGCCACGUGAAGCCUUCAAGUAUGUCCCUGCAGCACUGGAAGAAGUCGCACGAGUUCCUUCAUUCCCUGAAGCCGAGGUGCCAGAAGUACCAAAGAUAACAUCAAGCAUGGUAGCGCACAAGGUUUAUGGGCCCAUAACUUCAGAAGAACCUAAAGUUCUUCCAAGCCCGCCACGUGAAGCCUUCAAGCAUGUCCCUGCAGCACUGGAAGAAGUCGAAGGGGUACCAGCAUUCCCUGAAGCCGAGAUGCCAGAGGUGCCGAAGAUAACAUCAAGCAUGGUAGCGCACAAGGUCUAUCCGGCCAUAGCUGCAGAAGAACCUAGAGUGGUACCAAGCCCGCCACGUGAAGCCUUCAAGUAUGUCCCUGCAGCACUGGAAGAAGUCGCACGAGUUCCUUCAUUCCCUGAAGCCGAGAUGCCAGAAGUACCAAAGAUAACAUCAAGCAUGGUAGCGCACAUGGUCUAUCAGCCCAUAGCUGCAGAAGAACCUAAAGUUCUACCAAGCCCGCCACGUGAAGCCUUUAAGUAUGUUCCUGCAGCACUGGAAGAAGUCGUACGGGUUCCCGUAUUCCCUGAAGCCGAGGUCCCAGAGGUGCCAAAGACAUCAACAAGCAUGAUAGCGCACAAGGCUUAUCGGUCCAUGGCUGCAGAGGAACCUAAAGUUCUACCAAGCCCGCCACGUGAAGCCUUCAAGUAUGUCCCUGCAGCACUGGAAGAAGUCGCAGGGGUUCCAGCAUUCCCUGAAACCAAGAUGCCAGAGCUACCGAAGAUAACAUCGAGCAUGGUAGCGCACAAGGUUUAUGGGCCCAUAACUGCAGAACAACCUAAAGUUCUACCAAGCCCGCCACGUGAAGCCUUCAAGCAUGUACCUGCAGCACUGGAAGAAGUCGCACGAGUUCCUUCAUUCCCUGAAGUCAAGAUGCCAGAAGUACCAAGGGUAACGUCAAGCAUGGUAGCGCACCUGGUCUAUCGGCCCAUAGCUGCAGAAGAACCUAAAGUUCUACCAAGCCCGCCACGUGAAGCCUUCAAGUAUGUCCCUGCAGCUUUUGAAGAAGUCGCACGAGUUCCUUCAUUCCCUGAAGCCGAGAUGCCAGAAGUACCAAAGAUAACAUCAAGCAUGGUAGCGCACAUGGUCUAUUGGCCCAUAGCUGCAGAAGAACCUAAAGUUCUACCAAGCCCGCCACGUGAAGCCUUCAAGUAUGUCCCUGCAGCACUGGAAGAAGUCGCACGAGUUCCUUCAUUCCCUGAAGCCGAGAUGCCAGAAGUACCAAAGAUAACAUCAAGCAUGGUAGCGCACAUGGUCUAUCGGCCCAUAGCUGCAGAAGAACCUAAAGUUCUACCAAGCCCGCCACGUGAAGCCUUCAAGUAUGUUCCUGCAGCACUGGAAGAAGUCGCACGGGUUCCCGUAUUCCCUCAAGCCGAGGUCCCAGAGGUACCAAAGAUAUCAACAAGCAUGGUAGCGCACAAGGCCUAUCGGUCCAUGGCUGCAGAGGAACCUAAAGUUCUACCAAGCCCGCCAGGUGAAGCCUUCAAGUAUGUCCCUGCAGUACUGGAAAAAGUCGCACGGGUUCCCGCAUUCCCUGAAGUUGAGAUGCCAGAGGUGCCGAAGAUAACAACAAGCAUGGUAGCGCACAUGGUAUAUCAGCCCAUAGCUGCAGAAGAACCUAAAGUUCUACCAAGCCCGCCAAGUGAAGCCUUCAAGUAUGUCCCUGCAGCACUGGAAGAAGUCGCACGGGUUCCCGCAUUCCCUGAAGCCGAGAUGCCAGAGGUACCAAGGAUAACAUCAAGCAUGGUAGCGCACAAGGUCUAUCCGGCCAUAGCUGCAGAAGAACCUAGAGUGGUACCAAGCCCGCCACGUGAAGCCUUCAAGUAUGUCCCUGCAGCACUGGAAGAAGUCGCACGGGUUCCCGCAUUCCCUGAAGUCGAGAUGCCAGAAGUGCCGAAGAUAACAACAAGCAUGGUAGCGCACAAGGUUUAUGGGCCCAUAUCUGCAGAAGAACGUAAAGUUCUACCAAGCCCGCCAAGUGAAGCCUUCAAGUAUGUCCCUGCAGCACUGGAAGAAGUCGCACGGGUUCCCGCAUUCCCUGAAGCCGAGAUGCCAGAAGUACCAAGGGUAACGUCAAGCAUGGUAGCGCACCUGGUCUAUCGGCCCAUAGCUGCAGAAGAACCUAAAGUUCUACCAAGCCCGCCACGUGAAGCCUUCAAGUAUGUCCCUGCAGCACUGGAAGAAGUCGCACGGGUUCCCGCAUUCCCUGAAGCCGAGAUGCCAGAGGUACCAAGGAUAACAUCAAGCAUGGUAGCGCACAAGGUCUAUCCGGCCAUAGCUGCAGAAGAACCUAGAGUGGUACCAAGCCCGCCACGUGAAGCCUUCAAGUAUGUCCCUGCAGCACUGGAAGAAGUCGCACGAGUUCCUUCAUUCCCUGAAGCCGAGGUGCCAGAAGUACCAAAGAUAACAUCAAGCAUGGUAGCGCACAAGGUUUAUGGGCCCAUAACUUCAGAAGAACCUAAAGUUCUUCCAAGCCCGCCACGUGAAGCCUUCAAGCAUGUCCCUGCAGCACUGGAAGAAGUCGAAGGGGUACCAGCAUUCCCUGAAGCCGAGAUGCCAGAGGUGCCGAAGAUAACAUCAAGCAUGGUAGCGCACAAGGUCUAUCCGGCCAUAGCUGCAGAAGAACCUAGAGUGGUACCAAGCCCGCCACGUGAAGCCUUCAAGUAUGUCCCUGCAGCACUGGAAGAAGUCGCACGAGUUCCUUCAUUCCCUGAAGCCGAGAUGCCAGAAGUACCAAAGAUAACACCAAGCAUGGUAGCGCACAGGGUCUAUCGGCCCAUAGCUGCAGAAGAACCUAAAGUUCUACCAAGCCCCCCAAGUGAAGCCUUUAAGUAUGUUCCUGCAGCACUGGAAGAAGUCGUACGGGUUCCCGUAUUCCCUGAAGCCGAGGUCCCAGAGGUGCCAAAGACAUCAACAAGCAUGAUAGCGCACAAGGCUUAUCGGUCCAUGGCUGCAGAGGAACCUAAAGUUCUACCAAGCCCGCCACGUGAAGCCUUCAAGUAUGUCCCUGCAGCACUGGAAGAAGUCGCAGGGGUUCCAGCAUUCCCUGAAACCAAGAUGCCAGAGCUACCGAAGAUAACAUCGAGCAUGGUAGCGCACAAGGUUUAUGGGCCCAUAACUGCAGAACAACCUAAAGUUCUACCAAGCCCGCCACGUGAAGCCUUCAAGCAUGUACCUGCAGCACUGGAAGAAGUCGCACGAGUUCCUUCAUUCCCUGAAGCCGAGAUGCCAGAAGUACCAAAGAUAACAUCAAGCAUGGUAGCGCACAUGGUCUAUCGGCCCAUAGCUGCAGAAGAACCUAAAGUUCUACCAAGCCCGCCACGUGAAGCCUUCAAGUAUGUUCCUGCAGCACUGGAAGAAGUCGCACGGGUUCCCGUAUUCCCUCAAGCCGAGGUCCCAGAGGUACCAAAGAUAUCAACAAGCAUGGUAGCGCACAAGGCCUAUCGGUCCAUGGCUGCAGAGGAACCUAAAGUUCUACCAAGCCCGCCAGGUGAAGCCUUCAAGUAUGUCCCUGCAGUACUGGAAAAAGUCGCACGGGUUCCCGCAUUCCCUGAAGUUGAGAUGCCAGAGGUGCCGAAGAUAACAACAAGCAUGGUAGCGCACAUGGUAUAUCAGCCCAUAGCUGCAGAAGAACCUAAAGUUCUACCAAGCCCGCCAAGUGAAGCCUUCAAGUAUGUCCCUGCAGCACUGGAAGAAGUCGCACGGGUUCCCGCAUUCCCUGAAGCCGAGAUGCCAGAGGUACCAAGGAUAACAUCAAGCAUGGUAGCGCACAAGGUCUAUCCGGCCAUAGCUGCAGAAGAACCUAGAGUGGUACCAAGCCCGCCACGUGAAGCCUUCAAGUAUGUCCCUGCAGCACUGGAAGAAGUCGCACGGGUUCCCGCAUUCCCUGAAGUCGAGAUGCCAGAAGUGCCGAAGAUAACAACAAGCAUGGUAGCGCACAAGGUUUAUGGGCCCAUAUCUGCAGAAGAACGUAAAGUUCUACCAAGCCCGCCAAGUGAAGCCUUCAAGUAUGUCCCUGCAGCACUGGAAGAAGUCGCACGGGUUCCCGCAUUCCCUGAAGCCGAGAUGCCAGAGGUACCAAGGAUAACAUCAAGCAUGGUAGCGCACAAGGUCUAUCCGGCCAUAGCUGCAGAAGAACCUAGAGUGGUACCAAGCCCGCCACGUGAAGCCUUCAAGUAUGUCCCUGCAGCACUGGAAGAAGUCGCACGGGUUCCCGCAUUCCCUGAAGUCGAGAUGCCAGAGGUGCCGAAGAUAACAACAAGCAUGGUAGCGCACAAGGUUUAUGGGCCCAUAUCUGCAGAAGAACCUAAAGUUCUACCAAGCCCGCCACGUGAAGCCUUCAAGUAUGUCUCUGCAGCACUGGAAGAAGUCGCACGGGUUCCCGCAUUCCCUGAAGCCGAGAUGCCAGAGGUACCAAGGAUAACAUCAAGCAUGGUAGCGCACAAGGUCUAUCCGGCCAUAGCUGCAGAAGAACCUAGAGUGGUACCAAGCCCGCCACGUGAAGCCUUCAAGUAUGUCCCUGCAGCACUGGAAGAAGUCGCACGAGUUCCUUCAUUCCCUGAAGCCGAGGUGCCAGAAGUACCAAAGAUAACAUCAAGCAUGGUAGCGCACAAGGUUUAUGGGCCCAUAACUUCAGAAGAACCUAAAGUUCUUCCAAGCCCGCCACGUGAAGCCUUCAAGCAUGUCCCUGCAGCACUGGAAGAAGUCGCAGGGGUACCAGCAUUCCCUGAAGCCGAGAUGCCAGAGGUGCCGAAGAUAACAUCAAGCAUGGUAGCGCACAAGGUCUAUCCGACCAUAGCUGCAGAAGAACCUAGAGUGGUACCAAGCCCGCCACGUGAAGCCUUCAAGUAUGUCCCUGCAGCACUAGAAGAAGUCGCACGAGUUCCUUCAUUCCCUGAAGCCGAGAUGCCAGAAGUACCAAAGAUAACACCAAGCAUGGUAGCGCACAGGGUCUAUCGGCCCAUAGCUGCAGAAGAACCUAAAGUUCUACCAAGCCCCCCAAGUGAAGCCUUUAAGUAUGUUCCUGCAGCACUGGAAGAAGUCGCACGGGUUCCCGUAUUCCCUGAAGCCGAGGUCCCAGAGGUGCCAAAGACAUCAACAAGCAUGAUAGCGCACAAGGCUUAUCGGUCCAUGGCUGCUGAGGAACCUAAAGUUCUACCAAGCCCGCCACGUGAAGCCUUCAAGUAUGUCCCUGCAGCACUGGAAGAAGUCGCAGGGGUUCCAGCAUUCCCUGAAGUUGAGAUGCCAGAGGUGCCGAAGAUAACAACAAGCAUGGUAGCGCACAAGGUUUAUGGGCCCAUAGCUGCAGAAGAACCUAAAGUUCUACCAAGCCCGCCAAGUGAAGCCUUCAAGUAUGUCCCUGCAGCACUGGAAGAAGUCGCACGGGUUCCCGCAUUCCCUGAAGCCGAGAUGCCAGAGGUACCAAGGAUAACAUCAAGCAUGGUAGCGCACAAGGUCUAUCCGGCCAUAGCUGCAGAAGAACCUAGAGUGGUACCAAGCCCGCCACGUGAAGCCUUCAAGUAUGUCCCUGCAGCACUGGAAGAAGUCGCACGGGUUCCCGCAUUCCCUGAAGUCGAGAUGCCAGAGGUGCCGAAGAUAACAACAAGCAUGGUAGCGCACAAGGUUUAUGGGCCCAUAUCUGCAGAAGAACCUAAAGUCCUACCAAGCCCGCCAAGUGAAGCCUUCAAGUAUGUCCCUGUAGCACUGGAAGAAGUCGUACGGAUUCCCGCAUUCCCUGAAGCCGAGAUGCCAGAGGUACCAAGGAUAACAUCAAGCAUGGUAGCGCACAAGGUCUGUCCGGCCAUAGCUGCAGAAGAACCUAGAGUGGUACCAAGCCCGCCACGUGAAGCCUUCAAGUAUGUCCCUGCAGCACUGGAAGAAGUCGCACGAGUUCCUUCAUUCCCUGAAGCCGAGAUGCCAGAAGUACCAAAGAUAACAUCAAGCAUGGUAGCGCACAUGGUCUAUCGGCCCAUAGCUGCAGAAGAACCUAGAGUGGUACCAAGCCCGCCACGUGAAGCCUUCAAGUAUGUCCCUGCAGCACUGGAAGAAGUCGCACGAGUUCCUUCAUUCCCUGAAGCCGAGGUGCCAGAAGUACCAAAGAUAACAUCAAGCAUGGUAGCGCACAAGGUUUAUGGGCCCAUAGCUGCAGAAGAACCUAAAGUUCUACCAAGCCCGCCACGUGAAGCCUUCAAGUAUGUCCCUGCAGCACUGGAAGAAGUCGCACGGGUUCCCGCAUUCCUUGAAGCCGAGAUGCCAGAGGUACCAAAAAUAACGGGGAUGGUAGCGCACAAGGUCCUUCGGCCCUCAGCUGUCGAAGAAAAACCAAAAGUUCCACCAAAAGCCGAAGUGCCAGACGUAACAAAGAUAACAUCAAGCAUGGUAGCCCAUAAGAUCUAUCGGCCUAUAGGUGCAGAAGAAAAACCAAAAAUUAUACCAAGCUUUCCACGUGAAGGUCCGCCAACACCCAGCUUUCUUCCAAGUGUCGUCGCACACAGAGCCGUCGCGUAUCCCGUUGCAGCAUUGGAAGAAGUUUCACGCGUUGCAGUGUUCACUGAAGUCGACGUGUCUGAGGUGUCCAAGGUAAGAUCAAGCAUGUGCAUCUACAUGCUACGUCAGCCUGUAGCAGAAGAAAAACUGGAAUCCUUGGCCGCUCCGCCUCAUGAAGCUCCGCAGAUGCACACUGGCUUGCCAAGCAUUGUCUCCCAUGAAGUUAUCGUCUUCCGCGUUCCAGCUGUUGAAGACAUUUCUCACAUCCCAGCACCUGUAGAGACUGAUUUGUCGAAGCUACCAGCGAUACCACCAAGUCCCAUAGCGCACAUGGGUUCCUGGCCGAUGGCGGCAGAAAGGGUGCCUCUUCAUCUUCGCGAAGGUAUACCAACGCAAACAAUCAUACCAAGCGUUGUCUCCCAUAGACACACCGUGCCAGCUUUUGAAGAGCAUUUGUACGUGCCAGCUGCACCAGAUGCCAUUGCGCGAGCAGGCACGAUUACCCACAUGGACCAGAGGUCGCCAGCAGCAAGGAUCGAAGUGAGCGUUCCGCAACAAGCAGGAAUGCGGAUCACGCCAGGUGUGACCAUACAAACACAGACAGGCUAUAGUGAAGCGAAAGACUAUAUCACAAGAAGAACCGUAAAACAGAUGAAAUCAAGGGACGUAUCUCAGUACAGGAAUAAAGGCGGCAAUCAGGAAGAUGCGGACAUCACUGUCAGCGCUUCAGAGGCUCGGACGUCUCUGGCAAGAAGACUUCCGUCCCGGUUCACAAAAGUAACAACCAUCGAAAGAGAAACGUCGUGUAGAGAAGUUCUGGAAGUGACAGAGUUACUUGACCGGGAACUUGCUGAAACACUGCGAUCAAAGUACAAGAUGGGUGGCAUAAAUGAGAAUGGAUGCCCGAGUAAAAUUACAAAGGAGAAAGUGAAAAGAAAAUACGUGAAAGACGAGGCCAGAAAAUCUGGAAGCAACGUCAGCCUAAGCAAAGGCACAACAGGAUAUGAUGGGACGCAGAAUCAGCGCGUGAGUGACAACGAAGUACAGUCAAAACAGACAUCGGGUACCCAAGCACAGUCAGACCCCGGCUUCGGCCAAGGAAUAACACACGAUGUUGGAGAACAAGCAAGUGGUACGACAUCCAGGGCGGUACCAAACCUUGAGCAAGAUAUGGAGUCUAUGGUGAAGGAGGAAGAAACAGUGGAGUCAGAUCUUUGGACCAUCAUUCUGCACGGGCAGUUACGAGAAGCCGCUCAAGUAAGAAGUGAUGAGGAUCAAAACGGAAAACCAGUGGACUAUCAUGAAGGGAAUCUCACAAGCAUAUCGCCUACAGAGGCUAGGGCGGUGCGGCCCAAAACUAUUAUUGAAAGCAUGCAGGGCAGUUACUCCCUUCGAAAGCUAGAGGACAGCGGUGAGACAUCCGACCCAGAACGGAAGGAGACAACGUACACAGAUACCGUACCGGAAUGUCUGAAACCCAACUAUGAAAGUUACGCGAGGGAGACCGCUUCCACGGACUUCGACGUUUUUGAAAUUAUGCAAGGCGCACAGACAUUAGCUAGAGGAAGUUCACUAGAGCGUGUAUUGAAUUAUGACACCACUGCAACAGAUGAAGCGAUGACGAGGUUGGACGCUACCAUCGAUAUGACGGAGAACGUGCUCGAUGGACGACAUUCGCGCAUGAGCUCACCUCGCACACCCGGAUUGGGAUCGCAUUCAGAGACGAAACAACAAUCUGACUUGCAAUACCAUGACUUCAUGGGUGACAGCAUAGGAGACACUAUUACUAGUGACGAUCGGACGAUCCCAGGGCUGCGCGAGAAGCAAGCCGAAGCAGACAGUAUUCUGAUGAUGCCAUGUCAACUGUUACCAAAGGAACGUCAGUGGAGUGCUCCAGCGAUCACAGCGUCAGGUCAGCCUAUAGGCUAUAUAACUGAGUCAAACGUAGCGCCGGAGCUCUCGUCAACCAGGUAUAGCCAGGACUACAGUCUAUUUCCCAAGGGAAGCGGAACGAAGCCAGCGGCCAGACAGUACAGUUCAUUUCGCCUGGCAACGCUUUCUUCCUUAGACGACACUGACGAACUGCAUUUAAUCAGAGCAUCAACUGAAUGGGAAACGCCAAUUAUUAUACCUCCCAUCAAAGGACAACGAAAAUUUGGGGAACACAAGGAAGCAGUUUCGAUGCAGAGAAACAGCUUUGAAGACAUACUAGGAAUGGAGCGAAACUUUCAGGUCGCUACAAGUAGAAUACUGCGGUCCGAAGACAGCUCGCACACCGAAAGCCAACUAACCGAAGAUCACGUGUUGACUACGCUGCUUGGCGAUUUCAGGGGCACACUGGAAGCUGCCGGGAGCAUCGACGAUGAAGCAGCAUCGCAGACCGACAGCGAAUCCUCUGUGUCGAGCCAACUCUCCGCGCAAAGCAACAGGUCCGACAUAGCAAGCACUGAUCGGGUUUCAAAGGGCGGAAGAACUGCAGCACGUGCCACAGGCGUCAUGAACGUUCUUUCGGAACAACCGAGUGAGACUACAGAAGCCAUCCUCAGAAAGAACGAUGAUGCCACGCAGUAUGUCUUUGCGCCGACGGAGCUUGCGACCGACUGGAUCAUAGAAUAUGACGCGGGACACUGCGAUACCGAAGCACUGUCGGAACUCUCAGGUAUCACGUCCCAUAUUGACGACAUGAUGAGGCAAGCAGCGACAGAGCAGAUAGUCACCUGUCAACCAAUGGAGAAUGCAUCUCAAAGUGUCGUCCCGAUCCCUGAGCAGCAGGCCAUACCUACCCCUCCGCAGCAGGUCGUACCUCCUCCUGAGCAGCAGGCCAUACCGAUAGAGUACACUCCAGCGAGCAGUGCGCUAGGUGCUCAACGGAUGAAGCCAAAAUCAGACACUGAAGAGAGGAGAGAUAGAGGAGGUCCAAAACCGACUACGUCCGGUGUGCUGCAAGAAUUCACAGUGGGCCACGUGUCCCUGGACACGUUCGGUCCAUUGACGCACCGUCUCAGGAAGGAUGUGCUCACAUUUGUACCAGUGAACACCAUCAAGAAAGUCGCUGAAAGCGGGGCUGAGAGUCCAUCUUCGUUGCUCGAUUGCAGUGAACGGACUGAGUCCUGUCAUCCUUCCACGUCCGGAUACAAUGGCAUUGGAGACAUCCCAGAACAUCAGAAGCAAAAGGUCCAGAAAUUUGAAACAACUGAAUCAGUGACACAUUCCAGGACGCAACGAAGAUCAGUAGGAAUUAUUCUAGUGGUCGCUGCUUCACUAGGUCUGGUAAUAAUUGCGGUAGUCAUAUUCUUCGCGACUUAAUAGUGAGGUAUGCCUCUGGUUCCAUUCAUUAUUUAUUCACCAUACUCCCGCUGUCCGUGGCGACAAAACAGUUACGCUUAUGUACUGCGACGUUCCUUUUCUGUUGCGGACCCCCAAAGAUCUGUUGAAGCAACUGCAGAUCCGCACAGGCCAUUCGGAAAAUAAAUAUAUUUGUAUAUUAG